ACCCACCAUCUCCAUCCUUUCUCUCCUUCUCCGGUGUCGCUGUCUUCCCCCAUAACCAACCGGUUUAAUUCCACUCAUCGACCGCCCCGGUCGAUCAUCAAUCGCGAAAGGCUUUCUAUCGCCGCACUCCUUUUCGACUUCGCCUCUACGCGCGCGCGGUUCGGUAGCGUAGGCGACCACCUGGCCCCAGCUUUUCGCGCUUCCAACACCACGGACGUGUCCCGUUGACCUCUGAGCUGACACCACGCGCCCCAUCGCAGUCAACCCUCGGCACCUGGUCACUAGUUGGUCUACGCAGCGGUCGCGCGUUCCUUCUUGGCGUCAAUACUGUUGUCGCGUUCGACAGGAUUACCUUCCGAAACCCCUCGAGCUUGUCGUCAUCUUUUUCAUCAUCUCAUUUUCGCCGCGUCGUCGCGAUCAACAGACGCAAUGCCUGCCGCCGCCACUGCCCCCGAAACCAUCACGCCCUCGACCGAGCGGCACCUGCCCACGAAGCAGAACCCCUUGAUGGUCGAUGACAUCCCGCCUUAUCAGGAUCUCGUGUCGCGUCGCCGCCUUGGCCAGACCCAGUUGACGGCCAAGAUGGUGAACCAGGUGGACGGUGAUUCGACAUCGCUCGGCGUCUUCGAUUACGCCCACCUCCGUGCCCCCGUGCCGAAGGGCAUUGUUUCGGGCAUCUUCAAGUCGAGCCCCAACAGUUACUUCCUGAUGCGUCGAAGCCACGACGGCUACGUCUCCGCCACGGGCAUGUUCAAGGCCACGUACCCUUACGCCGAGGCUCACGAGGAGGAGACGGAGCGCCGCUACAUCAAGUCUCUGCCGUCUACCAGCCCCGAGGAGACGGCGGGCAACGUCUGGAUCCCUCCCGACCAUGCCCUCUCCCUCGCUGAGGAGUACGGCGUGCUGCCCUGGAUCCAGGCCCUGCUGGAUCCGGCGACCAUUGCGAUGACCCAACAGCCCGACAGUCCUCCCAAGAAGAUUGCCGCCCCUCCCAAGUUUGAGGUCAAGAAGGCCCCGCAGCCCCAGCUGGCUCCUCCCACGCCGCCGCGCAGCAUGCGUCUCCGCCGCUCCGCCAGUCCCACAAAGUCUGCAGCUCCUGCUCCUCGCCCGGUUAAGACACCUCGCAAGCGCAAGACCAAGUCCGAGUCGGUUGACCUGACGGCGGCGCCCGUUGCCAUGAAGGCCGAGAUUAACGGCGUCAUCGAGGAGGACAAGGCUGCCGAGUCUGCGGCGGAAACGACGACGAGAACAGUCGAGUUUGAGCCUGCCGUCGUCUUGCAGGCACAGGAUGAGGAACAAAAGGUCAAGGUGAUCGUCGAACAGGAUGUCAAGAUUGACGAGGAAGGCCACGAGACCAAGCACACCACAGUGGCGCUUGAGCUGCCGCUCUCCAGCACCGAGCCCCCGACAGCCGAGGAGACGGCCCGUAUGAUCGCCGAGGCCAAGUCGAUGGUCGAAGCUGCGACUGUCACAAAGACGAGCGACGCGGCCGACGCCGACGGCGAUGUCGACGUCGAGAGUGAAGAGAAGGAGCCGGUUGAGCUGGCCAAGUCCAAGCGCAAGGCAGAGGACAUGACAGCAGCGGAGGAGGCGGAGGAGGGCCCAGAGUCGAGCGAGCGCAGCAGCAAGCGGACCAAGCCGAACGUGCAACUCAAGAAGGAACGCGUGCGGAACCGAGCGCUGCUCGGAAUCAGUGCCACUCUGGCCGUCGGUGCAAUUGUUCCCUUCCUUAUGGGGGUGUUCUAA